AUGGCCUCGGCCUUCAGCGCAUAUCAUGGUCCUGCUGCCAUCGCGUCGCAACAUACUGUCACAGCUCUAGGGCGAUGGUCUAUUCUGAAUCAUGCUCUUCCAGCCGUCGAUAAAAUCAAGGCCCUUCACGUCUAUGAUUUCGACAACACACUAUUCAAAACUCCCCUACCGAAUCCCCAACUCUGGAACGGCCCCACGAUCGGAACAUUAUCGAACCAAGAAACCUUUGUCAAUGGUGGAUGGUGGCACGACAGUCGCAUUCUCGCCGCAACCGGUGAGGGCAUCGAUGUCGAAGAGAAGCGCGCCUGGGAAGGCUGGUGGAAUGAAAAGAUAGUCGAUCUUGUUAGGCUGAGCAUGAAGCAAAAGGAUGCUCUCUGCGUUUUGCUUACGGGUCGUUCAGAGAAAGGGUUCGCCGAGCUGAUACAGAAAAUGGUCACCGCCAAGGACCUCGAGUUCGACAUGAUUGGUCUCAAACCGGCCGUUAGUCCGACAAACCAGAAGUUCCAGAGCACCAUGCACUUCAAGCAGCUCUUCCUUGGGGGCCUGAUGGAAACUUAUAAACAAGCAGAAGAAAUCCGAGUCUAUGAGGACCGACCAAAGCACACCAAAGGCUUUCGCGACUUCUUUGCCGAUUUCAACCGUCAACAGAACAUCACACCGACAAGAGGGCCGAUCACGGCUGAAGUCAUCCAAGUGGCCGACUGCUCGACGGUCCUGGAUCCUGUUAGCGAGGUGGCCGAAGUUCAGCACAUGAUCAACAUUCACAAUGAGAUGGUCUCCAAGCAAACCCCAAGACAGCGCCAACACCGACUCAGAAUUAAGAAGACUGUUUUCUUUACCGGCUACAUGAUUGGGCCCGAGGAUACCAAGAAGCUCAUUCAGCUCGCCCAUAUACCUCCAAACAUGCCGCAGCAUGAGCUCAAGUACCACGGCAACAACAUUCUUAUCUGCCCCCGACCAUGCCCCGCUAGCAUCUUGGAGAAGGUCGGCGGAAUGGGUAGCAAGAUGAAGUGGGAAGUCAUUGGUACCUCCUGUUUCGAUAAUAGUAUUUGGGCGGCGCAGUUACGACCUAUUCCCCAGCAUGCCAAGUAUCACACCGACAACCCUAGUCCUCUUGUUGUAUUGGCUUUGAGGAAGGGAGCCAGACCGAUGGAUGCCGGGAAGAUACAGAACUGGCAGCCCAUAUCACCAGAGAAGUCGUUUACUUUCGAGACCGUUGUUGGUGAGAAGGUGAUCCUACGCAUUGAGCCAGAAGACCCUCGCGAGGACGCGUACGAGAGCCUGUUCGCCAACAAGACAUCGAAGCGGAAGCACAAUGGCGACGAGGACUGGAGCCAGAGGAACACCAGUAACCACUAUAACGGACGUAAUGAGUCCCGUGGCUACCACUCAGGAGGUCGUGGAGGUAGGGGACGCGGCAAUCGUGGUCGUGGCAGUGCUAGGGGCGGCCGCGGAGGUCGUGGUAGAGGAGGAGGCUACAACUACCGAUCCCUCGACGACGUUGAGCCUAAGAACCAGCAGGGCGGCUAUGGGCAGCAGGUGGAUUAUGAUGAUUCUUACCCACCGCUCGGCAAGAGUAACAACCCUCCUGCGUCAGCACCCAAUGGCCCCGGAAACUAUGGCGGUAGAAACCAAGCGUCUCGUGGCGGUGCGGGUGCUCAGGGGCGACCAAUGGGUGGCCAGGCAGCUAACAACAGCUCAGAUUUACAGAAUUAUUAUUAG